GGGUCUCUGUCUGAGUGUACAGGGACCCCUGCAGGAGAGAAGGGGGUCCCUGCCUGGCACCGGGAUUGGCUGGACGAGCCGGGGGCUGCCUCCUUUUCCCGUUCCGGGUCGAGCCGGGCGCUCAUGGCCGCGAAUUACGGGGAGGGCGAUGCUGGGAAGUUCAUCCCCGCGUCGCGUCGCGCCGAUGGGACGUGGAGGAAACCGCGGAGGGUGAAGGAGGGCUACGUACCCCCCGAGGAAGUUCCCGUCUACGAGAACAAGUAUGUGAAGUUCUACAAGAGCAAGCCGAGCCUGCCCCCGGGCCUCUCUGUGGCUUCCGCCGGUGAACUGAAGCAGAAGCCGCAGCAGGAGGGCGACCAGUCCGGCGGCGCCGCGCUUUCCAAAACAGCCAAGAAGAACCUUCGGCGCAAGGAGAAGCGCAAGCAGCAGCAGCAGCAGCAGGAGCCUCGCGAGGGCGGCGGUGGGCACGAUGAGGACGACGACGACGACGACGACGGUGGGGACGCUGACACCGCGGCCUUGAGCGAGGCUCUGCGCAGGAGCAGCAUCGCCGAGCGGGAUGGCGGAGACCCUGGCGAGGAGCGGAAAGCGGCGGCGCCCGCCUCCGCCGAGGAGCCCCACGCGGCGGGCGCCUCGGAUUUGGUGAAACGAAUCAAAAAUCUGAAGAAGAAAUUGAGACAGAUCGAGGAACUGGAGCAGAAGAUCCGGUCCGGGGAGUUGCUCCAGCCCAGCAAGGAACAGCAGGAAAAGCUGGCCCGGAAGUCGGCGUUGGAACAGGAGCUGGCGCCGCUGGAGUAACUCUGCCAGGCGGAAGAAAAGCCCGGAUCCGUUUUGCCUCUGGAGGGUCGCGUUUUCUUUUUUUUUGUUUUUACUACUUUAUUUCCCCUUUGUCCGCCACGGUCCUCCCGCUCGUCUCGGCGUCGCGUUUCCACCGGCCGGGGGCCCUUCACGUGGCUCGGCCCGACAGCCCGCGACAACGUGCGAUUGCUCGAGUGAGCCGACCCGCGGUGCGAUCAUCGCUCCACUCGGUCGUAUCGCGUCCGCCGCUGGACGGAGGGGCGACGGGCGGCACUUGGCGACGUCGUCGUCGCACCGGUUGACCGCUGCUGCCGAUCGUCCUCGCCGGCCCCCCCACGGAGCCCCCCACGGAGCCCCCCACCCCCCCCCCCCCCCCCCCCCGACCACACGGUCUCCCGAACGGGCCGCCGCUCCUCGGUCGGCAGCCGGCCACCUCGUCGCGAUGCUCUCAAUGCUGUCUCGGUCGCCGCUGCUCGUCGAGAAAUAAAGGGAGGCAGCGCGCGCCCCCUUUGUGUUUUACCUC